GCCGCCACACUGGUCACGCCGGUACGCCAACAAUCGCACGUAGGUACACGGAGCAGCAAAAAAUAUGGCUGCUAGCGUGUACACCUCAUUAUAAACGACGCCGUCGUGAGUGACCCUUGUACGAGCCGCGCGUGGAAACAUGAGCGAGGAACAGGAGCAAUGUGACUCGUUCAACUCGUGGGAGCUGAACGGACUGAAUUCCUUGGAUCUCUGGGAUUACACGGUCGAGCUGGAGUGUCUGCAGGGAACCGAAGAUUUACAACUAGCAGCAGAGUUGGGUAAAACACUUCUAGAACGAAACAAGGAGCUUGAAACAGCGCUACGACAACAUCAAAAUGUUAUUGAAGACCAAGCGCAGGAAAUCGAGUACUUAACCAAACAAACAGUCGCAUUGCGUGAGGUAAACGACUCAAGACUGAGAAUCUACGAGCAACUCGAAGUUAGUAUCCAGGAUUUAGAGCGAGCCAACCACAGGCUCGCCGUCGACCAUGCUGCCGACAAAAAACACAUUAAAACAUUAUGUGGCAACAUCGAAACCUUGGAGAGUAAAUGUGAAGAACUUCAAAAGACUGUGGACGACCUAAAUGGCCAAUUGGAACUGUUUCGGCGAAGGUCCGAAAGGAAACCUGAAAGCGAAAAACCCAAAGAAAAAGAGCAAAAACCUGCUGACACAACAGCUAAUGCUAUUGCUAUUAAGAAACCAGAAACGAAUGGAACCCCAUUAAAAGCAAUAGCGCCUCUGCCAGAACUCACAAAGGAGGAUGAAGAUUUACUAAGGCUCAGUGAUGAGUUACGAGAGAAUAAAGUAGCCUUCGCUCAAGAACACAGAAGAGUGACUGAACUUGAAGAACAGCUUGCCUCCGUCAUACAAGAGAACAACAGAUUACAGGAGCAGGUACGAAAUUGGCGACUACGUGAAGAUGAACCUAAGUCGAUGCACGAGGAAUUCGCAAUCCUUGAAGAAGUCAGACAAGGACAAUUAUGCAUCAGGUGUCUUAGGGGCAUCGAAAGAGACGAUAUGUCGUCUAUGUUGGACGGAGAAGAUGAUGACAGAAGUGCCAUCAGCUCCCUCAUCCUCACAACAUCUGGCCAGCAAAGCCCCAAAGAAGACCAGGUCACCAGUAAACUUAUCAAGUUCGACAACGCCAAGGAAAAGUUACUUCAAGGCAUAUGGGCAAAUAAAGAAGAUGGCCACGAUAAUCCCUACAGGGAAUUGGUUCAGAAAUACGAAGCUCUGCUAGAAGUUCAGCUGUCGCAAGUUAAGAACAUAAGAAAGAAUAAGCAGACUACACUGCCUGGCGCACAAACACAAACCGGCCCUAUCUCUUUACACGAAGAAUUACAAACAUCAGGUGACUUUAGUCAGUUCAGUGUUAAAGAUACAGAUGAAGAGAGUGGCCACGGAGAAGAAGCUCAAAAAGAAUCUAACCAACAAAAGAAAAUGGAGACAACAUCUCGUAAAAAGAUUAUACAAACACCGGACUUUUCAGAAGCUGAAACGUCAAGUUCCGGUUUCUCAGAUGAAACAAGUAAUAAAGCGACUCAAACAGAUCGCGAGAGACCUGGCUCGUUCUUGUGCACAAUUGCAGAUGGUGAGGAUUAUCGUUUCAGCAUUUACGAUGAUGUAAGUCCUAUGGACAGCCGUUUCCGUAACAGGCCUGAAUACAGGGAACUUUUUAAGGAAAUCUUCACAAUCUUGAAAAAGGCAGCGGAAAAUAAAGAUGAUGGUGAACAGCUUCCUUUACUCGACGAUACAACAACCGGUAAAGUACCGCCAGUGACGCCUGCCACGGAAGAACCUCCGGGUAACUUCACUGACGAUACACAGAGCGUCUUGUCGUCUGUAAUGUCUGAACAAUCGAUUCCAGUAUCCGAUAUCACCACCCCAGAAACACCGUUAAGAGAAAAGGAACAAUCUAAGCCCGUUCCUGAAACAACGAAAGAAUCAAAAGAGAAAUCUAAUGCCGUUGAUAAUAACAAAGAAAACAAACCAGUGACUGACACCGCAGUCGAGAAACCAAAAGAGAAUGAAAAAGAAAAGGAAAAAGAGCGCGUUCUCACACCGCUGGUGCGUCAGCCACUGGAAUACAUCGCGGCUACUAGAAAGAAGUCCAGGCAUCGCAACCGCAAACACAGCCAAGAUCGUCAAGGAGCCGAUUCUCCCGUUUUCCCAUCACCGCCAAAGAUCACUUACCAGAAAUCAUCGAAUAAGAAGAGGAGAGACUAUAGACCGAUUGAAGUUAGUCCUCUAGCGAGACCUUCUGAGGCCGAAUGGAACGGAUCUACCCUCCAAUUCUAUAACAGAAACUUAAACUCUCCUACGCCAAGCGUAAGCGGUCGCACUGGGAAAAUCUACCAGGGAUGGAAUCCCGAAACAGAUUCUUGGGACAUCAAACAGAGCACUGCAUCACAGGAGAUUCACAAAUUGAGGAAGUUGGAACUAUCCUACGCCGAAGUGUUGAGAAACGCUGAUAAAACCAAGAAUAGGCGUAAAAAACACCAAUAAUUUUAUAUUUUACAAGUCGACCCACUCUUGCAUUCGCAAGAGCCGAGUGAUUCAAUCGCCAUUUGUCUUUGCCAACCAGACAAAAGUUAGUUUAAGUUUUUUUGUGAUCUGCUAGCGUUACUUAUUAAUUUAUAUCACGAACAAUCAUUAAUUGCCAUAAUACCGAUAUAGAUGUUAUGUAUUUCAUAUUAAGAUAACUUUAUAAGAUCCCAUCAAUAUCAAUAGUCCAAGAUACAAAUUAAUUUAUUAUAUUCAUGUCAUAAUUUAGAACCCUAUGUGAAAUAGAGUAACGCUCGUAGCGUUAUAACUAAACUGGAAAAAAUAUGCAUUUAUAUAGAUAGACAAAAGUGUCUGAGAAUGGCUUCACUUGAUAUUAGCUUCAUUUAUGUACUGCAUUUUAUUUAAUUCGGCGUAUCAACUGAAUGAGUUUAUAUUUUAACUAUUAACUCUAUUCCGUUUCAGUCACUAUUUUAAUUGUAUAUUAUGUAUUUUAUUACGAAAUUUUAUUUGUAAAUAUUCUUUUAAGUUAAUUUUAUAUUUUAAUUAAUUUGCCAUGGUACUGCGAGUGCUUCAAUUCAUUAUGGAAUUGUAUGCUGGAAUAUUUAAUGAAGAAGAGAGGUUGGAGGUAUGAAAUAAAAAUUUGCAUUAAA